AACUUGCGUGUACCUGGUAAUUGGCGGCAAUCUGUAAAUAACGAGCGAUAAAACAAGCGAUCUGUUAGGAUGGAAAGCGAGAGAUAUUUACCAUCCGAUCGUAAAUUGGAGACUUAUCUAAUGCACAGCAUCAUCCUCUUCAUCAUUUUUAUCAUUCCCGUUGCGUAUAAAGCGAAGAAAGACGGAGUGAUAACGUCGUUAAUAGCGACGUGUCUCGUUACGUCAGUAUUCCUUGUGAUUUUUCUAUUUUGCGACCUAAUACUGCGUCUGUGUCAAACGCUGAUGUCGUUGACAAACAUGGAUUCGCAGCACGGACGAAGUUUCUCGUCGGUGGUAAGUCAUCAUUUCACCCUGAACACCGCAUCGGCAGCGGUCUUUGUCAUCGGCGUGUUUUUAUUUCUGAUUGCAUCAACAAUGAUUGUUCGAGGAUGCCCGUUACAUCAUGUAUGGGAUUUCGGUCCCUACUUCUGUGUGCCGUUGAUGAUUUUUUCCUUCUACUUGCUGAGAGUAACUGAUCUGGCCGAAUGGGAGAGGCUUCCCGAUCUAGGCACCAUGAAAGGUCUGGAUUAUGGCACGGGUAUGGCCUACAGCUUCUACUACGGUUACCUGCGAUUGAUUCUACCGAAUCGCGGCACCACCGAUAGUAAGGGCAUUAUCGAAAAGAUUGAAAAUUUCGAAGACAAGCACGAUGUAACUUUCCCGGUGCACAAGCUGUUCAUCUUGAUAUCGUCGUCGGGGUAUAUGCCGCCAAACUUAAAGGAGGUGUCAAUUGAUAAAGAGGCUCAAUGGAUGGAGAAUGCGCACGAAUUGGAAGAGGAGAAACGCGAUCGUGCUGGUACAAUAGGAAGAACAUAUCACAACAACGCUUACAAGAUAUAUCCCAAUGGAAGAAACUCUGGUGCUAGUCCAGUAUACAUAGUGGCGGAAGGUGCAACACCGUUGCUGACAUUCUACGAAGUACAAAAGCACAGUCAUCCAGAGUCUAUUAUGUACAAGCAAUAUAAAAAUGACAUUACCAUGAUGUUUUAUAAGAAACUACGAGAAAUUUUGCAAAGCGAACCAAGUACAAGAAACUUGUGCGAAUUAAUUUAUUACAAUGAUUACGAUUCGGAUGGAGCUAAAGUUAAUGUUGCAAAGAAAGAACGCGAAUCAAAUGAAUGAGAAAUGAAACAAUAAACUGAUUUUUAAGAACAAUUCCAUUAGCAAAAGAAUGAUGACACCCAGGAACAAUACAAUGGCUAGACAGUUACAUGGAAAGCGUCGCAUACAGUGCCUAUUAAUACAAGUAUAUUUCUGUACCGACACCUACCUAACUUGAAAGGAGUGCAAGGAUCGGCAAGAUUGCCAAGAUAAACAUAAUCGCAAAAGCAUAAGCACGAAAAUAUAUAUGUGAAAUAAAGUCAACAGCCUGCUAUCUUUAUCGAGAUAAUUUCUUUGUAUAGAUCGUCUACAUCUUAAUCUGCACACAUGUAUAAUACACAAGUUUUCUAUAACUGGUUGACCUAUUUUUAUUCAAAUAAUUUUCAUUUCUAAUAAUACGAAAUAAAAAAUCACAUAUUUGUACUUUCAUAAAAAAAAACUUCAAUAAAACAAUUAUUUU